AUGUCCAAAAAUAAACCUGAUUUAGCGCAGUUACUACAAAAUAAUGAGAACUAGUUGAUUACUAAUCGUCAGAGAUUACUUUAAAUCCUGAACUUAAAUAUAGAGUAAAAUAGUACCAGAUCAUUCAAUACAAUAUAUGGAGGCACAAACAAAAGUCCUUUAAGAGCCAAAAGAUAGGUACAAUAUGUUAAUUCAACAACAGUAAAAAAGCAAAAGAAAAAUCAAUAAAGUCGAUCAGAUUUGAGAUUGCCAAAUGGAUAAACCAAUCUGAUAGCUGGGAAAAGUAACAAAAAUUUGAUGAGCAGUGAUAAAGAAAGAGUCACUGAAACUUCUUCAACAAAUUAGAAAUCACUAGCAUAAAAUUACUAUGAAUAAUACCUUAAAAUGGUUACAGAAGACUUAAAUAGUAAAUUACAAUAGCCCUAGCAAACUUUAGCUGGUCCAUUUGGACAAAAACAAAAAUAGCCAAGUUUUGAAAAAUCAGAUUCAAUAUUCAAGUUAAAGAACUAGUUUAUUAAGAACGAUGAGUUAGUUUCUACAAAUAAUGGGUAAUUGAUAAUGGAUCACUAUAUGAAGAUAAUGAAUAGCUUUGAUAAAUCUAGCAAGUAUAAAAAUAGUGUCUCACCAAUUUAUAUGAGAAAUGAUAAAUACCCAACAUUCCAAAACCAAAAGUAGCAGAGCUUCAAGGAUCAUAUAUUUCACAAUAUGUCCUAAAAUAUGGAUGAUGGCCAAUUAGAGUUACUGUAUAAUCAUGAAUCUCAGUAACAAAUAUUUACUGAUAGAUCUUCAAAGGAUAAAUCUGGCUUAUUAAUCAGAACAGAAGAUCUAUAUAAGAGGAAGGGUAAUCAAAUGGAAAAUAAACUUAAAGGUCUACACUAGUAGAAUAUGCUACCUGAUUAUCCUUUGAUCAAUGGACAUUAAGUUUAAGUAAAGGGAAAAUUAGGUAGUAAAACUAAAAAGUAAUCUUUAGCCUCAUUAAAUGGCUAAUCUCCCUUAGACAAAACUAAUUUUAUUUCUCACUCUAACAAUGUGGUUAACAUUACAAAUAACUAUGGAAUGAUAAACAACAACAUAACGAUUAACCUUCCAGAUCUUUCAACCAAAUAUGUUUCAAUUAAUGACAGCCAAAUGAAUUCCAUUAGAUAAUCUGAAAAUACAAUUUAAAUGCCAAAAAUUCAGCAAGAUUUCAAUCCAAAUUAAGCCAAUUUGAAUUUACCUUCAAACUAAAAUCUCCACUAAUAAUCUUUCAGAAACGGUCUUAAACAUUUCAAAAUUGAAGAUUACUAUAAGCAAAGUAUAGGUCUCUUAGAUCUUAAUAAUGUUCAAGAUUAAGUGCUUGGUGAUAAUUUUAUUUUCAAAAAGAUAAAGGGGAACAGGAAUAGAAAGAAAUAGGAUAAUCAUUCACAGGACUAAGAUCAUUUAUUGACCAAGAUAAAUUCUCAAACAAUUCAAGUCAACUAAAUGAAAACUCAUGAUUAGAAUUUCGAAAAUGAUUAGCUUUAAUACGACGAUGAGUAUCCCUUUAAAAAGCAAGUAGUGGUAGACAAGAGUAUGUACAGAGUGCCAAAAGUUAAGAGAAAAAAGGUAUCUAAGUAAAACAAAUCAUUGAAUAAAAAGAGCAUCAUUGUGCUUACCAAUGUAUUUGUGAAUCUGCCUUCAAUAAGUUUUGACAAUAAAAAAUAAGAAUACUAUCCUAACAGAGAAUAUAAGUGUGAAAUUGAACUAAAGAACUAAAAAGGAGGAAGAAGUAAUGAUUAUUAAUUGUAGUAUUCAAAAGAAGAUGGUGGUCUUAAUUCCUCAUUUUACUCUAUUGAGCCAUGGGAAAUACCUUAAGAUACUGAAUAGCCUAGUAUCAAGUAAAUUGAUUCUGCGAAUUAUAUCUCUCGAGUAUCUAGGAAAUAAAGAUCUGAAAACAAUAGAUAGAGCGAUAUUACCUCUCCAUUUGAUUUAGAUUAGUAUUGA